AUGGCAAAGAAAUUUGACUGCGCCAAUAUCUUCUUAAUUAAUAGUAAACCUUUCCCAUUAGCCUACGUUUCUGCAAGACGCGUUAAAUAUGUUGGAACGGAAAACACGUGUUGUGCCAUCUUUGGUAACGAGUUACAUCAGCAGGAGCACGUGCAUUGCCUUAGCAAACGGACGAGUAAAACGCGCUCGUGUAAUCAGCCUACUGAAGAGGACGUAAUAGAAAUAAAUAUUGCAAUGACGAAAGAUGGGUGUAAAAGGAGGAGGAUUAAAACUGAACAACUUGUUUCUGGAACACCUUGUAUAUCAGAUGCAUCAGGCUCAUGAGAAGAUUCUGAAAGGAUCGUACACACGGCUGAUGGAUACCGCAAGUUAGUAUUCUGUAAGUAGCUUAACGAGCGCAGGUGGAAUUGCGAGAAGAGUCUCACGUGGUGAGGAAACGUCUAAUGCAACGAUGCUAAAUAAUCAGGAUAUUUUCCUCGAUAUCUUCUGUUCCCCGUCUCGAACAUAAUUUACAGUAAUUUAUUAGAUCGUUGCAAAUGAAACGGACAAUUUAGUCGGGACACUUCUAACCACCACAGCUUCCAGAGAAACAUAACCUAAGAGUUAAUUGUAUGACAACAUAACCUAAGAGCUAAUUGUAUGACAACAUAACCUAAGAGCUAAUUGUAU